AUGUCUCCGAAGAAGGCCAAGGCGAGAAAAGCUGCACCCGCCAAUAGUGUGAGUGAAGGCGUCCCUGCACCGCAACCAGCGGAACUAGCGGCGCGUCGCUCGCUGCGCGGUAAAAGGGGUGGGCUGAAAGACAUGCCCAAUAUGCCUCUCGACAUUAUUCUCGAGAUUAUCAGCCAUUUGAACCCUCGGGAUUUGCUGAACUUGGCGAGGACGAGCAAGGCUUUCAGGGCAUUGCUCAUGGCCCGCUCGUCUGCUUAUCUCUGGAAGGCAACUAGGAAGAAUGUAGAGGGUUUGCCGGACUGUCCUCCGUAUUUGAGCGAGCCGGAAUAUGCGAACCUCGCGUUUUUCCCGUAUUGCCAUAGUUGUUUGAAGACCAACAUCCAAAAUGUCAUUUGGGAAUUCAAUGUACGAUAUUGCAAUGAUUGUAAGAAAGAGAACACUACUGAAAGCAUGUUUGGUCUUCCACUGGGCUUAAUGCGCAAAAUUCCCUGCAAUUUGGACGCGUUGAAUCGCAUUUCCGGGCGCCGCUACUUAUACCUGUUCCACCUCCCUCAAAUUGAUGCAUUUGUGAAGUCUUGGCUGGCUGUUGUCGAUGACGAAGAAGCAGAGAAGAAAGUGAUUCAACAACAGAUUGAGCGCGUAGAUCAAAUCAAAGAGCACUCUAGAUUGUGCAAUGAAUGGACCAAAUCGAGGGUCAGGUCCCGGGCAUCAGAGCUGGAUGAUGUGCGGCGUGCCCGUCUGGAAUCGAUCGUCUCCAGACUACGGGACUUGGGCUGGGGGGAAGAGCUGGACUUUCUUGCGCCGAAACAAUAUUUCCCGUUGUCCAAUCAUGCUCAUGCUCGGCCGGCCAAACCACUUACAGAUCGCGGGUGGCAGAAGAUUCGUGAUGACGUGAUUUCCUACAUGGAGGAAUUGAAGACUCUACGACUUGCUAAGGAGCGCAGAGAAAGACUGCAAUCUCGUCUCCCGCUCCUUUCAGACCUGAUUAACAAUUACUAUUCAGGAAUCCCGAGGACGCCUGCAUCUGAGUAUUUGCCUCAUCUCGUUGACUUUGCCAUGAUGUCAGAGUUCCGUACACUUGUCGAUGCUGAUGGCUCGGUCAACAUUACCGCGGAAGAUUUCCUCGCGCUGCGACCUCAGAUUCCAAAAUUUGUCCAGGAUUGGCAGAACAGAGCCACGGCACAGUUGGCGCUAUUGUUGGUUAAAGAGCUGGAUAUUGCGGCCAUUCCCGAUAACACGACCAUAUUUGAUCUUGCCGUAGCGUGGUUCCAAUGCACCAAGUGUCAUGCAGUUUUCCGCUAUCCCAAUGUCAUCGCUCAUGGCUGCAUGCGUCAGUACUAUCACGGCUUCUGUUACUCGGAUGCAGCACACGAAUACCAGGCGCUGGUCUACUGGGAGGAACACACUACUGCAUGGUCGACUAGGUCUAUCUCUUGCAUCCUACCGGUUCGGCGAGCACGUAUGCUCGUCGAAGCAUGUGGCAAAGACCCUGACUCGACCACAGAGCAGACAAUGGAUGAGUUGGACGCCAGGUUUUGGUGGAAGAAUCCGAUCGCGUCGUCAUCCAGGAAGGUCGUCAGUUGGCGCCUGGCGAUGAAGCCCAAGUGGACGAGAAUGUACCCCGGAGGAACCCCAGAGCGCGAGUGGGAGGUCGUUCCCGGGAAUGUAGCGGAAAAGGUCAAGGACGUCGAAGCCCAAAGCCAUAUCACCCGCCUCUUCCAACACGAGCUACGCAGCCACUGGUGCUGUUCGCUCUGCAACGAGAGUGGUGGGCGUAACUGUUCGCUCUCGCAAGCAAAGGAACAUGUUCGGAAUCUCCACUCGAUCGAUGAUGCAACUGUGGAGAAUGGAAGAAUCUAUCUACAUCCAGAUAGCAAGCCCUUGAUACCGAAAUCGGUCAUCGCCCUCAAGAGGGAUUAUUGCGGUAGGGACGAAACAGACCUCCUCCAUGAAGGGUUGGCAUGUGUGUGUGAUUAUAACUGA